AUGGAAUCAUAUAUAAGGGAAAGUAAAAAACUUACCCUUAAAAGUAAUAAGGGGAAGAAGCUCCUAAGAUAUUUAGAUAUAUCAUUAAAUAAUAAAUCAUUACAUGAUAGUCAUAUAUUAGAACUAGUAAAAAUAUUGAAGAAGAUAAUAAAGAUAGUAUAUAAUACAUACUAUUGUUUAAAUAUUGAUUUAAGUGAAAAUUAUAUAACAUGUGCCGGAUUAAAAACAUUGUUAAAAUAUAUAUUAAAUUAUAAUGAGAAUAUAGGAGUAAAUAUAUUAAAAUUAUAUAAGAAUAGUAUAAAAGAUGAUGGGGCAUUAUUAAUUAAGCAGCUUGUAUAUAUACAGAAAAUUCCUAUGGAAGAGUUACAUUUAUCACAUAAUUUAAUACAAGAUAAUGCAUGCAAAGAAUUAUUAUUAAGUUUUGUUCAGGCAAAAAAGGAUAGUACAUAUGUAUAUCCAAGAUAUGAUAAAUAUCAGAAUCCAUAUAAGCAUGCUCAAAUACCUGUAUGGAUACGUUUAGAAUAUAAUUGUAUUCAUAAUCCUAAAGAUAUAUUAAAAGAAGUAGAAGAUUGUGCAAAGAAAAAACGAGGUUAUAAAAGUAAUUUAAUUGUAUGCUCAGCUUUAAAAAGUGAUAAACGAUGUUGUCCAUAUAAAUGUUUAAAUGCAACCAUUCGAAAUACUCCAAUAAUGCAUGUGUAUAUGUUUAUUCAUCAAAAAGAAAAUAUUGUGAAUGGAAAAAUGAAAGAAGAGAAAACUGAUUUUGUUUCUUUAGAAGAUGGCCUAGAUAAAAAUGAAAAGAGCAACUUGAAUAAUGAUAAGAAUGGUGAUGAGAAUAUGUUAAUAUUAGAUAGUAGUAAACAAGGAAAUAAGAAUAAAUUUAAGAAUGCAAAUGAUGAAGAGGAGGAUGACGAAGAAGAUGAUGAUGAAUUUGAAGAAGAAGAAAUAGAUGUUGAUGAGGAGGAAGAGGAUGAUGAUGAUGAGGAGGAUGAUGAUGAUGAUGAGGAUGACGAUGAUGAUGAUGAAGAGGAUGACGAUGAUGACUAUGAUGACGAUGAAGACGAUGAUGAUGAUGAAGAUGACGAUGAUGAAGAUGAUGAAGAUGAUGAUGACGAUGAUGAUGAUAAUAAUUACAAUUUAAAGGAUAAAAACAAUUUAAAAAGUUUUGAAAAAAAUAAAAAGAUAAAAGGUAAUAAAAAAGGUUCUGAAAAAACAUUUCAUGUAAAUAAAGAGAUGGUUGUUGAUAAUAAUAAUAUUAAUAAGAAUAUAAAUAAUGAGGAGGAUGAAAAAAAUUUUGAUAAAAAGAAAGGUAUGAAUAAGAAAAAGAGGAAAAAGAAGAAGAAGCGUACUAAUAGUUACAAUAAUAAUAAUAAUAAUAAUAGUAAUAAUAAUAAUAAUAUGGUGGGUGAAAGUAAGAAGAAAAAUAAUUUGCCUCAAGAUAAGAAGAAUAGUAGUACAAAUACAUGCACGAAAUUUAUGAAUAAUACUCAUAAUAUAAAUAAAAGUUUUAGUAAUAUAGCAUCUGAUAUAUAUAAUAAGGAUACAAAUAUGAAUUCAUUAUAUAAUAAUGAGAAUAGUUUACCUUUAUAUAUAAUAUUAGAUUGUUCUGCAGUAUUAGAUAUGAAAGAAUUAUGGAAGGACAAGUCUUUUUUACCGUUUAGUUUUCCUGGUUUGUUAUAUUUAUAUAAUAAUAAAUUAUUGAAGGGUAAUACAAUAAAUAAUAAUAGUAAUAAUAGUAAUAAUAAUAGUAAUAAUAAUAAUAAUAAUAAUAAUAAUAAUAGUAAUAGUAAUAGUAAUAGUAAUAGUAAUAAUAAUAAAAUUGGGAAUGACAAUUUUAUUUGUCUGAUGUGUAGUUAUGUUGCCAAUGAACUAAAAAUGGUUUGUCAGAAGAGUGAGAUAAUUAGACAAAAAAUGAUUAACUUGAAAUUAAAUAUUUGGGAUAAACUUUCAGAACUAGGAAUUAUUGAAUUUUUAAGUGUGCCUAAAGAUUUUAAAGAAAAUAAAAAGAACUUUUUAAAUUCUUCUUUUUUAACAGAUGAACAAAUAAAGUUAGCUAAUGAAUAUUAUGACAUAUCUUAUGAAACUUUACAGAUGAUACAAUUUUCUAUUGUAUGGUCAACUUAUAUUUUUAAACUUAGUAAUAAAGAGAUUGUUAUAGAAAAUAAUAAAAAAGAAAUAAAUAAAUCAGAUAUGAAGAAAAGUAAGAAGACCAUCUUUACAGAGGUUUUAUAUUUAACAUCUUCUUCAAAUAUUUAUUCUUUUUUUGAAUAUUUAUAUGAACAAGAUAUUAAUUUUAUAUUACCAUUAUGUGUAACAGUUAAUCAGAUAAAUAAAUAUAUACAAGAAGAACAUAGUUAUAUAAUAGAUAUAUUGAUGAAUAAUUGUAAGCCUGAUAAGUAUAGUAAAUUACAAUUUAAUAAAUUAUUUUUUCAGCAGUUUAUAAAAGAAAAAUAUUCAAAGUAUUUAAAUAAUAAUAAUACAAAGGAAGAAUUAUUAAAUGGAAAGAAGAAACCAAGCAAAAAUAUAAUGAGCAGUACCAAAAAGUUGUCAGGUGAUAUGAUGGAACAUGUAAAUGGAGAAGAACACAAGUUGAAUAACAAUAAAGAUGGUAUAUCACCACAAAAUAAUAUAAAUAAUAUAAAUAAUAUACAUAAUAAUAAUAAUAAUAGUGGAAGUCAAUAUUUAAUUGACAAUAUGUUGAAUAAUUCGAAUGACAUGAAGAAAAAAAAGAAUAGUAAAAAAUUUUCAGCAGUACAUCAGAUGGCUGACAAUAAAUCGCCAUCGCAGCCAAAUCUUCCAAAUAAUAAUAGUAAUAAUAAUAGUUAUGAUAUUUAUGAUAUAAUAUCUGUAAAAUCUUUUUCAAACGACAAUGUAAAUAACCUAUGUAAUGUCGAUAAAAUGAUUAAUGUGCAUAACAAUAUGUUAUCAUCAAAAAACGCUAAAGAAGAUGAAUUAUUGAAGGAACAUAAUUUAUAUAUGAAGAAAGGUAGUGAAGUGGUUGCUAAUAAUCAAUAUUAUAAUUUAGGAGAAUAUAAUAAAUUAAAUAUACAAAUGUUAAAUAUUCAAGAUUUAGAUAUAUUAGAAAAGCGAACAGACAUAAAUGAUAUAUUUAAUAAUAGCAUGUCAGAAACGAAUAAAAGUGCAAACAACAACAAUAAUAAUAAUAAUAAUAAUAAUAAUAUUAAUAUUAAUAAUAAUAAUAAUAAUAAUUUGGGAGUGAAAACCAAUUCUGUAUCUGUUGAAAAUAAUGUAGUUGUUGAUAAUCGAAAUAAUAAGAAAAAAACAGACGGAUUGGAAAAUAUGAUAUAUUGUUCAACCAUUGAAAAUAAAUUGAUGGGUUUAAAUAAUAAUAAAAUGGAAGGUAGUGAUAAUAUAAAUAAUGACAAUAUAAAUAAUGAUAAUAUAAAUAAUGACAACAUAAAUAAUGAAAACAUAAAUAAUGAUAAUAUAAAUAAUAAUAAUAAUGUGGGAGUGGUAAAUAAUAUGGAUUGCGAACUUACUACAGAAGAUGGAAUUUUACAAAAAAAAGGGAUUAAUAAAGAUAAAACAGGAACUCAAACUGAUAAAGUUAGUAUAUAUGAAUUAUUAAUAAAUGCAUUUAAUGGUAAGAAAAAGAAUGUCACAAAAAAUGUAAGUGAUAAAAAUAGAAAUGGAGAGAACGACGAAAGUGUAGGACUAAUAAGUGAAGCAAAUGUUAAUAUGAAUAAUAUGAAUAAUAUGAAUAAUAUGAAUAAUAUGAAUAAUAUUAAUAAUAAUAAUAAUAAUAAUAAUAAUAGUAGUUGUUGUAAGGAUGAUAAAGACGAAUCUAUACUCAUGUCACAAAUAAAAAUGAAGAAUGAACAUUUAAACGAAGAAGAAGAACUUCAGUUGAAAGGUAAAAUAAAUGAUAAGGAUAAUGUAUUAAAUGAAAAAAGGAAAAGUAUGAUGGAAAAAAAAAGUAUUAGUCUUAAUAAAAAUGUUAAUAAUAAUGAUAAUCUUUCCUUUUUGACAAAUCAAAAAGAUGAUAAUAUAAACCAUACAAAUAAUACAAUAAACAAAAUGAGUGUAUUUCAUAAUACCACCAUGAGUAAUAUUCCAUCUGUAAAUAUAAUUCAGAAUGAUGAAGAUAAUAAUGUUCUUCUUCAUGGAAACGAAAAUAUAUUUUUUAAAAAAGGUAGUAGCAUAAUGAAUUUUAUAGAUGCAGAUCAUAAUACAACAAAUGUAAUGAAUAAAAUAGAAAGAAGACUAACAAAUAAUAUGAAGAAUGGUCAUAAUAACAUUAUUUCUGAUGAUAAGGAUGAGGAGCUUAUGCAUGUUGAAAAAUUAAAUAAUGGUGAAUUAGUAUAUAUUGGAAGAAAAAACUUAUUAUCAGAACAGUUAUUAGAUCAACAUAAAAUUCUUGAAUGGAAACAUUCUUUUGAAAAUCAUAAAGUAGAUAUAAUGAAUACCUCUAUGUUAUUAGAGGAGUUGAUAUUAAAUCCUACAGUAUGUAAAUAUAUAUCAGGUGAAUUAUAUAAUAAAAUAUUAAAAUGUUAUGAGAAGUUAGAUUUUAUGAUAACAAAUUUAAAUAAUAUAAAUGAAGAAAUGCAAACAAUGGAAAAUAACAACAAUAAUGUAAAUAAUAUAAAUAAUAUAAAUAAUAUGAAUAAUAUGAAUAAUAUGAAUAAUAUCAAUAAUAUGAAUAAUAUCAAUAAUAUAAAUAAUAUAAAUAAUGACAGGGGUGAUAAUAACCUUGACGAUAUUGUCAAUAAUAAUGUUAAGACAAGUAUAUUAAAAAAUGAUAAUAUGAAAUCCGUAACAUCUGAGAGAAAUAGAAUAAACAGUUCUUUGAAUAAAAAUGAUGUCAAUAUGAUGUAUGAUGAUUUUAAAAAUUAUUGGGACUCACCACUAGGAAAAAAUAAUAACAUGAAUAAUAUGAUGAGUGGUAUAAAUAAUAUCAAUGGUGUAUCUAAUUCGAUGAAUCUGUCAACAAAAGAACUAAUGAAAAGUUUAUCUAACGGUAUACCAUUAAAUCAGAAAAUGAAUAGUUUGACAUCUUCUUUACCCCAUGACUUUUUGUUGAAUAAUAAUAACAUGAUGGGUUCUAUGACAAACAAUAAUAUAAAUAGUAACAAUAAUAAUAUUAAUAGUAACAAUAAUAAUAAUAUAAAUUUGGGUGUGGCAACUUCCUUGAACAAUCCAAAUAUAUUACAGAAUCAUUUAAAUAAUUCCAUGUUAAAAAAUAAUAUGGUUAAUAAAAAUUCUGUACCUAAUUUGGCUAGUCAUUUGAAUAACAACAACAACAAAGGAUCUAAGAGGAAAUCUGCCCUUUCCACAUACAACAAUAAUAUGAAUGAAAGUAAUAACAACUUGAAUGGUAAUAUGAAUUUAAAUUUGAAUAUGAAUAUGAAUUCUGCAAAUAAUUUAAAUAAUCAAAGUGUGAUGAUGAUGUUGAUGAAUGCUCAGAAUAAUUCGGUGGGAUCUAAUGAAUUAAAUUUUAAUAACAAUAAGAAUAAUUCAAUACAAAAGAAAUAUAUUAACAAUAAUAAAAAUGACAAUAAUAUAAAUAAUAUUAAUAAUAUUAAUAAUAAUAAUAAUGAUAUGACAUUAUUAUUGAAUAGCAUGAAUGAUGUAAGGAUGAAUUCUAACGCCUUAUUAAAUAAUACUAAUUUAUUUUUUCAAGGUAAUGGUUAUAAGAAAGACGAAUCAAAUAAUGGAAAUAAAAUGAGCAAGGAUAUGAGUCUCAUAAAUAAUACUCUUAUGGGUGUUGAAAUGAAGAAAAAUGAUAAUAUGAAUAAUAAUAGCAACAAUAAUAAUAACAAUAAUAAUAAUAAUAAUAAUAAUAAUAAUAAUAAUAAUAAUAAUUUUGUUGGAGGUAGAGAUUUGAAGGAUAUAAAAACUCUUAAUAAAUUAUUAUUGUUGAAUAAUAAUAACUUGAAUAGUAUAAAAGGAGGGGUCUUAAAUGAAAAGCAGUUAUUAAAUUAUAUAAAUAGUAAUAAUAAUAAUAAUAAUAAUAGUAGUAGUAGUAGUAUGAGUGGAAUACCAUCUGUGAACUCUAAUAUUGAUUCAAACCUUUUGUCCUUUCUAAAUAUGACAAAAAAUAACAACAACAAUAAUAAUAAUAACAACAAUAAUAAUAAUAGUAGUAGUAAUAAUGCUGCUUCUGGAAUUAGUUGUAGUGGUAUUAAUAAUAAAAAUCUUAUGAUAAAUAAUCAGAAUCUUAAAAAUAACAACCACAAUAAUAAUAAUAAUGAUAAAUUCAAAGGAAAUCCUUUUAGUGAUUUUAAUGGAAUGGUAACUUCUAAUAAUAUUAAAAAAAUUUUAAACAAUGAAAAUAAUAAUAACAAUAAUUUAUAUAUGAUGAGUAAUAAUAAUAAUAAGACACCUUUAAAUGAUAUGAAUGUGAAAUAUGUAGAAGCAUUGAAUAAUCAAUUUAAUUUCUUAUCAAGAGACAGUAGAAAGAUGGAAACAGAAAAUAAUGCAAUUAACAUAUUAAACUUUUCCAACGAUCUAGAAAAAAAAAAUAAUAAUGCCAUGGUAGAUAUAUGUGAAAAGACCAACAACAAAAAGAUAUAA